GAAUAGUAAAAAUUUUGAAUUUGAAUAGUUGUAUGAUGUGAUAUAAAUAGGUGAUGAUGCGAUGUUUUGAAUGUAAAAUUGAUUUUUAGUAUAAUAUAAAAAAUAAAAAAUAGGUGUUUAAUUUGAUGUUUUUGGGGGAAAAUUUUGGAUGAACAGUGGAAUUUAAUCCAAAUCCAUCAAACGAACACACCCUAAUCUCCUUUUGCGGGUAAAAUUUGGGGAACUCUGUCAAAUUCGUUUUGGCGGGAAGUCAGAUGCACCCAAAAUUUUGGCGCUCAACAUUACCUAUUCUAGCCUCUCGCUCAAUCGUCAAACUGAGAAGGUUGGGCAGGGAAAACAGGUGGAGAUGCAAUCGAAGAUCAGUGAAUUCUUCAAAUUCUCGACUUCUUCCCCGGAUCCCCCUCCACUUAACGAUGAUCCUUCUACAAUUACUGAUGAGCCAGAAAUUACCGUUACAUACAAAUGCAGGAAUUUUAACGCGGAAAGUGAGCUUGAUAAUGAUAUUACCAACAAAGAAUCAAGGGAAAAUGAUUCUAUUAACUUCACCAAGCUGGACCUCGGCGACAAUAGUAGAAAAGUUCUGAAUAAGAAGAGGAAAUAUGCACAGUUGCAUUUGGAGGUUGGUCAGUCUGAUUUUCUAUUGCAUACAUGUUCUGCAUGUGGAUUCAAGUAUGCUCCGGGCGAUAGCACCGAUGAAAAGGUUCACAAGACAUUUCACAAGAAUUACACUCACGGGAUACCUUUUAAGGGAUGGCGAAACGAAAGUGUCAUAGAGACGCUGGAAGGGGGGCGCAUCAUUUUGGUACAAAACGGGGAUCCACCUCCUCAACAUAACAAGGUUCAAGAAGUUGUGCAAAUGAUGGAAAUGGAGCUUGAAGAUGGAUGGAUACUUAAUCAGCACUGUAGGGUGUAUCUAUACAUAUCAUCACAAAGAGUGUCUGGAUGUCUCGUUGCUGAACCAAUAGACAAAGCCUACAAAAUCCCCUCUGGUGCACUCAAUGAAACAUGUAAUAAUGUGAUUACAAAGGCAAAGAGGAGGGGCUCAGCCACUCUUCAGUUUGGCAAUGUCUGUCUCCAGAGGGAAAUCAUCAGAAGAAACGAAAGUCCUGAAAAUGGGUUCAACAGUGAUGGAGUGAUUUUGUGCAAAGAGGAGGCAAUUCCUGCUCUUUGUGGCAUUAGAGCCAUUUGGGUCACUCCUGCCAAUCGAAGAAAGCACAUAGCCAGCACUCUACUGGAUGCAGUGAAGAAGAGUUUCUGCUCAGGCUUGAUUCUUGAUGACACACAGGUAGCAUUUUCACAACCCGCCUCACUUGGAAAGGCUCUAAUGUCUAGUUAUACGAGAACUGGCUCUUUCUUGGUCUAUACAACUGAUUGGCGGAGCUCCAGCGUUCCCGGUGGUGUUCUUCGACGGGGAGAGGGAGAUUAAUGCAGGAGAGUUUCAAAUCAGUCCAGAUAUGGAGUAUAGGUCGUUUCAAAUUAUGCUAAGUAGGAA